UACUGAAAAGGUUUUUAAUAUCUUGUGAAUAGUUAAUAUAACGAAGAUAUUUAUAAAAUGCAAGGGCUCGGAUUACAAAGUCUUAAAAAAAAUCCAGCGUUGAUUCCCCUCUACGUUUGCGUGGCUGCUGGAGCUGUUGGAGCCGUAUACUAUAUGACUCGUCUAGCUACAAGGAAUCCAGACGUUACAUGGAAUAGGUCAUCCAAUCCAGAACCAUGGCAAGAAUAUAAGGACAAACAAUAUAAGUUUUACUCUCCUAUAAGAGAUUAUUCUAAAACAAAGAGUGCAGCACCAAAAUUCGAGGAAUAACUUUAUGGAAUGCAAUUAAAUUGAUUGUCAAAAUAAAUGCAUUAAAGUGCUGUUAAACAUUGCGUUGACGAA